GGCUGCCAUUGUCGGCCGCUACCGCAGAGCUGCCAUGCUGCAGGAGUACCUGGUGAUCCCCGUAGGCAGCAAGCUCUUCUCUCACCCCGGGGGCAUGCCGGGCAACGGCUUUUCAGGGAGGGCGACGAACGAGGAGGACUACUCGGAUCCCUACGGAGGAGGCGAUCGCCCCGGACCCUAUGGAUACGUCAACGACCCUUAUGACGGUGACUGGGCGCUCGGCCCUCUUGGAGGCAAAGCCAUUGGCUUCCAGUCUCUUCGUACCCGCAACCUCGUGCCCAACGCCGCGCAGCAGGACGUGAACAUCUGGGGGGCCGAGCCAAUGGGCACCAACAGCAUUUUCAUGCCUCGUCUAACCGCCAAGGACGCCCAGGAGGCCAAGAGGUCGCGCGAGGAAUCCAUGAAGCGCCAGCAGUCUGUUGCUCAGCCUCCUACCCCCGAGUGGGUCGGCACCAACGCUGCUUUCUUCGGAGCCAACGGAGGAGGAAACGGCUGGGCCCGCAAGAACAAGAUCAACCACCGUCACAAGAAAGCGCAGAAGGCCUUGAAGGCCAGGAUGCAGACUCUCUUCCGCUCCGACGAUCCUCAGGCUGCUGAGUACGGACUUGAGGGCGACAACCAGCUCAACGACGAUGUUCUUCCCUCUGCCGUUGGAUCCGGCGGUCCUGUCAUCGGCGUCGACGGAGUUCCCAGCAACGAGGCGCACUCAUGGGCCCACUACAACGAUGCUCUCGACUUCAAGUGCUCUGACGACAUCCUCGGAUGCUCGGGAGGCCUCGAAGUUCCUGCCGAGUACGCCAACGACCUCAAAGGCGUCGACUACUAGAGCAGCUCAUGCAGUAAAUCCCGUACUUGCC